AUGGAACACGGCGAUGACACGGUGCAAGACGGGCAACAGACGAGCCAGCGAGUGGAUACUGUAUUCCCCUCGGAGGAACAGACGGCUGAACGCGAAAGCGUAGUCGCGACGAAUGCGACGCCCUCCUGUUCGGCUCGAUCGCCCGUGGCCGUACGAGAAUCGUCCCAGAGCGAAGGGAUUUUGGGCCACCGGGGCGAGCAGACCGUGCAGACUCUGUUCGGAUACUUUCCGGUGAGGCACAGGGAUGCCAUCGCGCUGGACGCGACACCAGAAGCAGCCCGGCCGUCCCCUUAUCACACCAACACGCACGCACAAAAUGGCCACACGCAACCGGAGGGUUUAAGACGCGUUACCGAUGGCGCAUCGAAUUCGGCGAUGGCGACCGCGCACCGCUACGAGCACUCAACAGCAAUCUGCGGGUACUCCGACUACGAGAACCUGCUGAGGCUACAAAAGGCGUUGAAAGGAGCUGCGCUGGAAGCGGUCAGCUCGUUGUUGUUGCUGCCUUCCGGACUUAAGGAAGCCAUAGACGUGCUCAAGCUACGGUUUGGGAGGCCGGAGGUGAUCGUUGAAAAUUUGAUGGAGAAAGUGAGACGUAUGCCAGCCCCACGAGCGGAUCGGCUAGAUACUCUGGUUGAGUUCGGAUUCGCGGUGAGGAACCUGUGUGCGACCAUCCAAGCAUCUGGGCUGCCGGAAUAUACCUGCAACGUUAUCCUGCUGAAGGAGUUGAUCGUGAAGCUGCCGUCGGCCACGUGCAUCGAGUGGGCGAGGCACCAACAGCAGCUGCCCUCUGUUACGCUGUCGGACUUCGGAAGGUGGAUCGGCGAGUUGGCUGCAGCACUCAGCAGGGUAGUUCCGGUGAAGAGCGAACGCUUCGAACGCAGUGGAUCCGGCGACUCGGAUCGUCGGAGCAGUGUGAAACCGGUACGACCAGAUCAGCGCCAGCCCACCACCGCACGUUUGAACAUGCACGCCGCUACCACGAGCGGUAAGUACCCACAUACAAAUGUUUCUAAAUGUUCAGCCUGCCAGGGAGAGUGUGCCGCACUGGAUACAUGCCAGCGAUUCCAAACGAUGACCGUCGCUGAAAGGAAGGAACAUAUAAGAGAUAAGAAGCUAUGCCGAAAAUGUCUCAAGUACCAUAAGGGGUGGUGUCACCUUAAAACAGUUUGCGGAUCCAAUGGGUGCGAGGCAAUGCACCAUAGGUUGCUACAUGGUUCUCUGGGAAUGACCAAUACAACAGAAAAGCAUUGUCUUACUCAUUCCGGCUCCAACGAUCGCACUUUGUUCCGCUACGUACCGGUAACUAUGUAUGGGAAGGAUGGCAGGACGGUUCGAACGUACGCCUUCCUCGACGAAGGUUCGUCAUCGACCUUCAUCGAUCAUAGCCUGAUGGACGAAUUAGGGCUGAUCGGAACGUCACGGCCAUUGUGUCUCAAGUGGACCGGGGAUACUACCAGAGAAGAAAAGGCUUCCGUCCAGCUGGCAGUGCAAAUAUCAGGUGCAUACGAAGGGGCUCCAGUGCAUGAGCUGACAAAGGUACACACGGUCAGCAAUCUAGCCUUGCCCGCGCAGACGAUAGAUGGUAAACAACUGCAAUCUGCGUAUCCACAUCUGAAGGGUUUACCGUUCACCUCUUACGUCGAUGCCGUACCUCGAAUACUAAUUGGUGUAGAUAAUUGUCGUUUGGGAAAGCCGCUAAAAUGUACAGAAGGACGGGUUAAUGAACCGAUUGCUUCGAAAACUAGGCUGGGCUGGAUGAUAUACGGACCCUGCCCUAUUGCAACCGCUAGUGUAACCGGAGGACACAGAAGUUUUCACAUCUGCAGCUGCGAAGGUAACGUCGAUGGUGUACUCACAAGCGAGGUUAAGGCGUUCUUCUCGUUGGAUUCACUGGGUAUCUCUAAGCCAUCACGCUUACUCAAAUCCAAGGACGAUGAACGUGCCCUGGUGAUACUUAACCGAGAAACCAAACUGCAGGGCGAUCGAUUCGAAACGGGCUUACUAUGGAGAUAUGAUGACGUCCGAUUGCCAUGUAACAAAGCUGCAACGAUGAAACGGUACGAGCUCCUGAAAAGAAAACUGAGUAAAGAUCCGGAGUUAGCUGCGGCGGUUAAUCAAAAGAUGAGAGAGUACAUUCAGAAGGGCUACAUUCGACGUUUAUCAGCGAGUGAGGCGGAGGACAAACGACCAAACGACUGGUUUUUACCUAUUUUCCCGGUUACCAACCCUAAUAAACCGGGAAAAAUUCGAAUGAUUUUUGACGCGGCGGCAAAGUUCCGAGAGUUUCGCGUCGCUGUUGUGGGAGAUAUUCGGGAAAUGUUCCAUCAAGUGAUGAUGCGAACGGAAGACCAACGAAGCCAGAUGAACCUUUGGGAUGGAGACGAUCCAAACGGCGAUCCAGCCGCAUACGUAGUCACCGUGAUGACGUUUGGCGCUGCUUGUUCGCCCAGCAGCGCACAGUUCGUGAAGAAUCGCAACGCAAAGCGAUUCGAGGAAGAGUUUCCGCGUGCGGCAAAAUGCAUCAAAGACGAGCACUACGUGGACGAUAUGCUCGUGAGUGUGGAAACGGAGGAAGAGGCCGUAGGCCUAGCGGCGGUGAUUGGUGUCCGAUUAGCGGCUACGAUCGUCAACUCACACCGAUUAAACAUCUCGCGCACGGUGUUUUGGACAGACUCGCGGAACGUGUUGAGUUGGUUGCGAUCUGAUCAUCAUCGCUAUAAUCAGUUCGUAGCAUUUCGGGUCGGAGAACUGCUCGAAACAACGGAGGUUGAGCAAUGGCGUACGAUCCCAACGAAAUUGAACGUACCUGAUGACGGGACCAAGUGGACGAAAACACCGGAUCUAUCGCCUACUAGUCGCUGGUUCAACGGUCCGAGCUUCUUAUGGGGCUCUGAAUCACUCCGGCCUGGCUCGGAAACAACAUCUCCAGACACCCCCGAAGAACUACGUCCAACUACGAAGAACUACGUUGUUGCUGCGGGAACAAAAUCAGUUCGGAUCAGACGUUAG